UGCUGAGCUAGAGCGACCGGACAGGGUCAAAGUGGUCAGUCUGAGUUUGCAGCAUCCAUCGUGUCCGCAAGAUCUCGGUCUGAUGAGCUCUACGUGACAUGAUGAUGUGCGUGAUCUCGGUGGGCUCUCCACGUGCGGCUGCUGGCUUGCUUUUGGCCGCGCCACGCGAACGGAGCGGACCGCAUCCAGCGCGGCCGCGCUUUCCGCACGCUCGGGGGCUGCUAGUAUUAUUAUUUGCGGCGAGGCGACAGCGAUCUGUUUAUUCUGUGUGUGUGCGUGCGCGGGGCUCCUCGUGCCAGACACGGACUGCUCCGUGCUCACGCGCCACUCAGGCACGACGAUCGACGACGCACGUAGGUCGGACACACCGUGGACUUUGAAGGAGGUUCACAUGCUUUAGAGUUUAGCCCCAUCUUCUCAGGGGGUCGGGGCCAGAGGGGAGCCCCGGGCCGCUUAAUUAAGCGACCUCCGGUUGAUUUUCCGGGGGUCUUUUUGUGUCCUCUUCCCCCAUCCAAGGGCACGGUCGGGUGGUCUCCGAGCGGCCCGGGGGGCUUCGCGUUCCACAGCAUCGUGUCGCCAGGCAACGGCUCCACUGAAAGAGCCCCUCAACAAAUCCUAUUACUCUUAAAGAAGUGACAUUACUAAAGGAUCAGUGGUACCCUGCUGUGGCUGGGACUGUGGCUGGGACUGUGGCUGGGGCGGGGGGAGCCUUUCUAAAAUAUCCCGCUGGAGAAACGUGGCUUCGAAAGUGCGCGUUUUUUUAAAGGAAACACGAGGAACUCGCUUAAAAGCAACGCAGUGGUAGCUGAGUCUUUUUUUAAUAAAGAAGAAAUUUAGCUUAAAGAUAAAAGUCAGCAGCAGCAAUAACUUAUAACAAUUCGCCUCGCUAAUUUCAUCAAGCACUAGUAGAGGCUCAGGCUGCGACAGUCGGUCCCGUUCUGUGCUCGGUUCUCGAACCGGAUCGCACGGCGCAGUUACCGCCGCCGGUAGAUCCCGGCGAGAUCGCAAAGGUGCAAAGAGAGAGAAAACCUGGCUGUUUCAGCGCGUUGCACGUCCGUCGACGACGUGCCUCAUGAGCCGUGGAGCUGGAGGCACCUUACUUUAUCAUGAGGGAAAUAUGAACGAAAGAUGGGUCCGCGGAGAGCCACGCUGCUCCGAUCCUGCUCGGAGAUGUGUGUGCGUUCGGAUCUCCUCCCUCCACCUGCAGCAGACACACCUGGAUCCAGCGAGGCGGAAGUAGCUGCUCGCGCGACUCUGACGGGUGACUUCGCGCUGGAUCCUCCUCGAAAUGUCGAUAUUCCGGAUCUGAACCCGCGUAUUCAGACGUGAUCUCCAGGGGCUCUCUGACCCGGCGCGGCACAGAUGCGUUUACCAGGGUAAAGUCCCUCGUGCGAGUAAGGUCCCACAGCCAACCCCUGGAAAAUUUAGUGUGCUGUGGAGAAGUUUUGACCCCAUUCCUAAUCAGUUUAGUGUGCCAUAACCGAAAACAUGACUACUCUGCGAAGACUUAUGAGACGGCGAUUACACCCAUGGAAACUGGCACUCGUGGCCCUUGUUUUUGUUACCGUCCUGUUCCUCAUCCAGCGCGAGGUGGUGAGCCAGGGCACCGAAGAGGAGCCCUGGCUACGUGACAUUGUGGUCAAGCGUGACACCGUGCUGGGCAUGGUGAUGGGUGCCGUAGGCAACUUCGGCCACGCUAAGCCCAAAAUGCAGAUUGGGGCCCCAGUCCGGCAGCCAGGAAACCCAACAGGGAGCCUCUCGUGCUUGCCAGGGUACUACACUGCAGCUGAGCUCCGGCCAGCCCUGGAGCGCCCUCCUCAGGACCCCAGCGCACCCGGGGCAUCGGGGAAACCCUUCCGCAUGGACAAGCUGAGCCCUGCAGAGCAGGAGGAGAAGAAGAGAGGAGAGGAGAAGCACUGCUUCAAUGUGUUCGCCAGCGACCGCAUUUCAUUGAGUCGGGAUCUGGGGCCCGACACCAGGCCGCCUGAGUGCAUUGAACAGGCCUUCAAGCGCUGCCCAGCUCUGCCCACCACAAGCGUGAUCAUUGUGUUCCACAAUGAGGCCUGGAGCACGCUUCUGCGUACCGUGUACAGCGUCCUGCACACCUCGCCCGCGAUCCUCCUGAAAGAGGUCAUCCUGGUGGACGAUGCCAGCACCGAUGUGAUUUUAAAAGAUGAGCUCGAUAACUAUCUGCAACAGCUGCACCUUGUGCGGGUGGUGCGGCAACGGGAGCGGAAGGGCCUGAUCACGGCGCGGCUGCUGGGUGCCUCAGUUGCCACCGGCGACGUUCUCACUUUCCUCGACGCACACUGUGAGUGUUUCCACGGCUGGUUGGAGCCGCUGCUGGCCAGGAUAGCGGAGAACUACACGGCGGUGGUAAGCCCUGACAUUACCACCAUCGAGCUGAACACCUUCGAGUUUGUGAAGCCGUCGCCCUACGGACAGGGCCACAACCGGGGGAACUUUGACUGGAGUCUGUCCUUCGGCUGGGAGGGGCUCCCCGACCACGAGAAGCGGCGACGGAAAGACGAGACCUAUCCCAUCAAAACACCAACAUUUGCUGGUGGACUUUUUUCCAUCUCGAAGGACUACUUCUACCAUAUCGGUAGUUAUGAUGAAGAAAUGGAAAUUUGGGGAGGGGAGAACAUUGAGAUGUCUUUUCGGGUGUGGCAGUGUGGGGGGCAGCUGGAAAUCAUCCCCUGCUCCGUGGUGGGACAUGUCUUCCGCACCAAAAGCCCCCAUACCUUCCCCAAGGGCACACAGGUGAUCGCCCGCAACCAGGUGCGCCUGGCGGAGGUCUGGAUGGAUGAGUACAAGGAGAUCUUCUAUCGCAGGAACAGGGAGGCAGCGUCCAUGGCCAAAGAAAAGUCCUUUGGAGAUAUCUCCAAGCGCAUGGACCUCCGGCACCACCUGCAGUGCAAGACCUUCUCCUGGUAUUUGAAGAACGUGUACCCAGAAGUCUUUACGCCUGAUCUGAACCCACUUCGCUUUGGCUCGGUGAAGAAUAUGGGCAGGGAUUUGUGCCUGGAUGCCGGGGAGAACAAUGAGGGUGGCAAAAGCCUAAUCAUGUACCCCUGCCAUGGGCUUGGAGGAAACCAGUAUUUCGAGUAUUCCACGCGCCGCGAGAUCCGCCACAACGUCCAGAUGGAGCUCUGCUUGCAUGGGACAGAGGCGGCGGUCAAGCUGGAGCGCUGUCAGUAUGAAGGCCACAACACUUUUGUUGGAGUCCAGCAGAAGUGGGAGAUCAUGGAGAACCAGCUAAUCUUCAACCCUGCGUUGAACCUGUGCCUGUCUGCCCGUCGGGAGCACCCACUCCUUGUCCCCUGUGACCCUUCAAACCGCUUCCAGCUCUGGGCAUUCAUCUGAAAAUCCACAGAAACUUCUGAAGUAGAGAGUCAGGUGGACUUUUUUUUUUAAAAAAAGGAAUGUGUUUUUUUGUAUUUUUAUUAAUUUAUUUUUAUAUGUGAAAUUUACACUGCUAGACACUUGAAUUCUGAGCCAAGACCCACUUGGACCUCCGGGAAGGCAGCACACUAGGCUAAUCUGAACAUUCCUGAAUUUUCAUGUUUACACUCUAUUUUAAAGAAGUGUGAGGAUAAUUCCUUUAGUAUUUGGUGUUGAAUGUGUAUCGACAAAAGGUAUUUCUCACAGGGGGUGCGGUGGCGCAGUGGGUUGGACCGCAGUCCUGCUGUCCGGUGGG